GAGGGUUACGGUUAGGGUUAGGGUCGUUUCACCUCGAUGGCGAGCUCGAACCGGGGAUCGACUCCGUUGCCCGGGCCGGGUUCGUCCUCGUCGUCGCUUGCGAAGAGGCCUGUAGCGGCGGAGAACGCCACCAAGGUGGCCGCGCCCGCGGCGGAGCAGGCCAAGAAGAGGGUCGCGCUCGGGAACAUCACUAACCAGUGCAAUGUGGGGAGGGGCGCCCCCCGCCCCGUGCAUUUCCUUUAUGAUCUCAUAGCAAUUCAAAAGGCAACAUAUAGGAGAGAUCUUCAUUCUAGUCAUGAUAAGGUGAAUGUGACUAGUUCGGCUUCAACUGUUAAAAAGAGUUCUAUUGCUAACAUCCCUUACACAAGUUCACGGCGGAGCUCUCUGACUUCAUCAUCUUCUCUGAAGCCUACCAGUACUUUACCCACCAAGGAUCCCUUGCUUCCAAAAAAUGACGGUCCUUUAUCUACUGUUGGUUCGUGCCUUGCACCGUGCAGUAAUGUUGCAUCUCCUGGCCGCUCUGGAGAUUCUGCUUCUCUGGAUGAAACAAUGUCUACAUGUGAUUCCAUGAAAAGUCCGGAUUUUGAGUAUAUAGACAAUGGGGACUCUUCGAUGGUUGCUUCUCUGGAGAGGCGAGCAAAUAAUAACCUUCACAUCUCUGACCAUGACAAUGCUGCAGAAAUUAAAUGGAAGAGAAAUGUUCCUGCUGCAAUGGAAACUGAUGCCAUUUUUGAUGCGGAUAACAACUAUGAAGAUCCACAAAUGUGUGCAACACUUGCUUGUGAUAUUUACAAGCACUUGCGUGUCGCUGAGACUAAGAAAAGGCCUUCGACAGAUUUCAUGGAGAGAAUUCAAACGGACAUAAAUGCAAGCAUGCGAGCAAUCCUAAUAGAUUGGCUUGUUGAAGUAGCAGAAGAAUAUCGUCUUGUACCUGAUACUUUAUAUCUGACUGUCAACUACGUUGAUCGGUAUCUUUCUGGUAAUGAGAUGAAUCGCCAAAGACUGCAACUACUUGGUGUUUCCUGUAUGCUUAUAGCAGCUAAAUAUGAAGAGAUAUGUGCACCCCAGGUGGAAGAGUUCUGCUAUAUUACUGACAAUACAUACUUCAAGGACGAGGUUCUACAAAUGGAAGCGGCUGUCUUGAAGUAUCUGAAGUUUGAAAUGACAGCUCCAACAGUGAAAUGCUUUUUAAGGCGAUUUGUUCGAGUUGCUCAAGGAUGUGAUGAGGUUCCAAUGCUGCAGCUUGAGUUCCUCACCAACUAUGUUGCAGAGCUCUCACUUCUUGAGUACAACUUACUUUGCUAUUCUCCUUCUCUAAUAGCUGCUUCAUCCAUCUUCUUGGCUAGGUUUAUACUCCAACCUACAAAGAAGCCAUGGAAUAUGACACUUCAUCAUUACACACUAUAUAAACCCUCUGAGCUAUGCGACUGUGCAAAGGCAUUGCAUCGUCUUUUCUGCAAUAGCCCUGGAAGUAACUUACCAGCAAUCAGAGAGAAGUACAGUCAACAUAAGUACAAAUUCGUGGCCAAGAAAUACUGCCCCACAUCAAUACCUUCGGAAUUCUUCCAAGAUUUCAUCAAUUGAGUGACCUGUAGUUGAAAAUGGUCCUAAUUCUUCAUAGAUGCAUCCGUUCUGAUGCGCCAAGUUCCUAUUGAAUCACUUGAUCUUAGAAGCUUUUGGAACUCCCAUGGUUUCGGAUGUUGCUAAUGCGUCGGCAAUUCAAGGGUCAUGUUUCAGAUGACUCGCAGGCUUUAAGGUUGUAGAUGUAGUCCUGAAUCUCUUUCCCUCCUUGUGAUAAUAUUAUUGUUCGCUUUUCCUGCUGUAUUUUCGAUUCAGCAUUUCCAUAUGCUUUCAUGCUAGAAGCCCAUAUGUGCAUCUGUUGUAUUCAUGUACAUGUGUGUUUGUUGGGAAUUUGCAUUAAUCUUUGCAUUGUGAGGGCAGUAGAGUGGAAAUCUUCAAACUACCUUUUAAAGUGAUGGGCCUCCGAACCUGCACAAUGUAAUUGUUCUCUUCCAUCAAA